AUGCAAACGCUUUCAAACAUUUUCGAAAAUGAGGAUAACGUUUUCCUGAAAAUGCCUCACUUUUUCAAACCUCUUCAAGCACUCAAUGCCAUCAUUCUAGCAAUAUGCAUUGGAUCGACAGCAUCUGGUGAUAACGGUAUCCUUUGGUUCACUCUCAUCGUCUCUAUGAUCAUAUCCGUAGCAGCUACAGUAAUCUUCGCUCUCCGAAUUCAAGAUGAACUUAUGGAGAGUAUCUCGAAUGGAAGUAUCGCCUGGAAUGUGGUCGAACUUGUUUACUCGUUUAUUCUCGCUGUUCUUUGUGUCAUUUCUGUAUGGCUUUCUUUCUCCUUUGCUAACCGAUCUCUUUACGGAACCUCUGCUGGGUAUAUUGCUUCUGGACUUUUCUUUAUUGUUCAAACUAUCUUCUAUGCCGUUCCCUGCACAGUCAUUUACAAGGAAGUACAAGCCACUUCGGAAGCCGAACGACAAAAUAUUGUCAUUGAGCCAGCACAUCCAUUCCGCUCUAACGCGUACCAAGACUUGUAA